AUGCUAAUUGACCAGCUAAAUGACCUACUGGACGACCAUCUGAACAACCUUCUGGAUGAUGCUGGGGGUGACUUUGUGCUGAUGAUCGGCCUGACAGAUCUUAAUAUCUGGCUUCUGAAAGGGGAAAUCACGAGAAAUGAAGAAGAAAUCACUGGAAUUCUCCUCAGUCAGCGAGAAAAAGCUUACACAUUGGAAAAGCGAGAUAUGACAACAAUGGCUGCCCACGUCUUUGUCUGCUUCUCUGUGACCAGAAAGAUCAAUCUUAAUAUCUGGCUUCUGAAAGGGGAAAUCACGAGAAAUGAAGAAGAAAUCACUGGAAUUCUCCUCAGUCAGCGAGAAAAAGCUUACACAUUGGAAAAGCGAGAUAUGACAACAAUGGCUGCCCACGUCUUUGUCUGCUUCUCUGUGACCAGAAAGAUCAAUAAGGAAUCUGAAAAAUAUAAACAUGAAGCUCAAAUAACAAUCCAGUCUUGGAGCUGGGACUGGAAUCCAGGCAGUUAUUACUUACUUGGAACAAAAAAUCUAUAUUGUGAAGUUUCUCGAAAAAAUGUGGAAUGGAGUGAUAGUCCCCCACAGUGUGAAAGGAUUUUGUGUCAACCACCUCAACAAAUACCAAAUGGAGAAUUCAGCAAUAGCCACAAGGAUACAUUUGAAUAUAGUGAAGUAGUCACUUACAGUUGUAAGCCUUCAAAUGGACCAGAUGAAUAUUCCCUUGUUGGAGAGAGCAGGCUUGUUUGUUCUGGGCGAAACCAAUGGAGUAGUAACCCUCCUGAGUGUAAAGGCCGAGGUGGCUGUGAUGACCUACCGACAUUUGCGUCCAUGGAACUGAAGGGUAAUCCUGCACCCCAUUAUGCUCCUGGGAACACAGUAGAAUAUGAGUGUCUCCCAGGAUACAAGCGUCUUAUUCCUGUUCUUCCCACCUCUGCUGUUUGUCAGCCUGAUAACACAUGGACACCUCUCCAGGAGGCUUGUACAAGAAAAUCAUGUCCACAGCUAGUAGAACCUCAAAAUGCCCAAGUAUUUUUCACACACGGAACUUUUCAAUUUGGUUCACAGGCUCAUUAUGUUUGUAAUGAGGGUUAUAACUUAAUUGGAGUAGACAUUCUAUAUUGUAAUGUUUCUGGAAAUAAUGUGGAAUGGAGUGAUAGUCCCCCACAGUGUGAAAGUAAGUAUAUUCUCUCUUUAGAAUUUAAAGAAGUAGUUCGCAAAUUUUUUUGGCCUGGUGACCCCUUUAUGCAAGAGCAGGCUUCUGGGUAUAAAAUAUGGGGUAGUGACUCUCCUCAGUGUAAAUUGGUUAAAUGUAAUUAUCCAGUACUCGAGCAUGGAAGACUGGUGUCAGGACAUGAAAAACAAUAUCACUACAAAGCAAAGGUUGUAUUUGAAUGCCUGGAGGGUUUUGACCUUCAAGGUAGCAGUACAGUUUUCUGUGGAUCUAACAAUAAUUGGGAGCCUAAGAUGCCAAAAUGUAUUAAAGGUGACUUCCCAGAGGUAGAAUUGCAAAGUUUAGAAAAUGUCAAUCCUAUUAAUCCAGCCACGCCUCCAGUGACAAGUUUUCUAGAGCAUUCCACUCAAACUAGUAAACCACCAUCUAAAGGCAAUAAGGAAUACGAUGCCUGUGGUGACCCACCAAAAUACCAAUCUAUGAAACCUGAGGGUAAUCCUGCACCUCCUUAUAAUGCUGGGUUCACAAUAGAAUAUGAGUGUCGCCCAGGAUACAGGCUUAUUGUUCCUCUUGUUCGUCCCACCUCUGCUGUUUGUCAGCUUGAUAACACAUGGGCACCUCCUCUCCGGGAGGCUUGUACAAUGGUUAAAUGUGAAUAUCCAAUACUGGAGAAUGGGAGAUUAGUGUCCGGAUUUGGAAAAACAUUUCUGUUCAAAGCAGAGAUUAAAUUCGAAUGCCUGAAGGGAUUUUACCUUGAAGGCAGUAGCACCAUUGUCUGUGGAGCUGACAGUACUUGGGGCCCUAAGAUCCCAAAAUGUAUUAAAGGAGGUUCCACACCCAGUGAUAAACCACCAAGUAGUGCUGAUGACUUAG